UAUUUCCAAUGAGUUCCUAUUUCGUCAACUCUACUUUCCCGGUGAGUUUAGCCGGGGGUCAGGAACCGUUCCUGGGACAGCUCCCCUUAUAUUCCACGGGCUAUGCGGACCCUUUAAGACACUACCCUUCCACUUACGGAACUGGGGGUGGCGGCGUCCAGGAGAAGGGUUACCCGGGCGCCUCUUACUACCAGCAAGCCAACGGAGCUUACAACCGGAGCCCGGCCUGCGAUUACGGGACAUCUGGUUUUUACAGGGAGAAAGAGACCGCCUGCUCCCUUUCCAGCUUAGAGGACCCUGUUCAGUUCGGCCAGGAGCAAGUCCGGAAGUCGGAUUGCUCCCAGAGCAAGCGCGUUUUUGGGGACAGCGAGGAUCAGAAGUGCUCUACGCCGGUGUACCCCUGGAUGCAAAGGAUGAAUUCAUGCAACAGUUCCUCCUUCGGGCCGAGUGGCAGGCGUGGGCGACAGACCUACACGCGCUACCAGACCCUGGAGCUGGAGAAAGAAUUCCACUUCAACCGCUACUUGACCAGGCGUCGCCGGAUCGAGAUCGCCCACGCCCUUUGCCUGACCGAGCGCCAGAUCAAAAUCUGGUUCCAGAACCGGAGGAUGAAGUGGAAAAAGGAGAACAAGCUACUCAAUUCCACCCAGCUGAGCGCCGAGGAAGAAGAGGAGAAAACAACGGAAUGA